AUGAAUGAUUCGCUUACAAAACUUUUAGAUCUUGCCCGCGGAGCGCUACCAGAACUGACAGACUGUUACUUUUUCCUAAUUGGACGUCAUGGUAGUGGAAAAUCUUCAUUAAUAGCAAAUUUUUCACCAGAAGUUAAAGAAUUACAAUCUCGAUCGACAUUUGGCUAUGAAUACACCGACUUUGUUCAUGAUAACAAAUAUCUAAUACACAUAUACGAAUUUAAUGAUACAGCCUAUAAUAAUUUAUUAUUUGAUUUAAUUAAAGAGAAUAUCGACAAAUCAUGCAUUAUUUUUACAUUCGAUAUCAAUCAUCCGACUACUAUUUCAACAGAUGUUACUAAUAUAAUUGCUCCACUUUAUACUUCACUGAAUCAAUUUUUCGAAAAUACGACAAGACAAAAAGAUCUUGAAAAAUACUAUUCUACAAUAUGUUCGAAAGAUCCUAUUAACCAUUCCCAAAGCACUAUGAAGAUAAAUACAUAUGUUCCUACUGUUUUUGUUGGGACAUUCGACGAAUCUCUUGAAGAUUUAUCAGAUCCGAAGUUCGAUGGCUACAUGAACUAUCUCAGAGAAGCAGCCAUUCCUUAUGGUGCAUCAAUUACACUAUCAAAAUCUAAGAUUGCGCUUGAGUUGUUCAUUUAUUUGUCUUUGAGAGAACAAAUUUCAGAAUUUUAUUGGGACAAAGUAUGCGAAAGAACUAAUUAUUUCAUCCCCCCUGCAUGGGAUAGCAUAGAGAAAGUGGAAGCUGUAGAAAAGGAAGUAAUUGAAGAAGCAGAAAAAGAAAUUCAUGAAUCAGAUGAAAUUAAAGUGCAAGAUUAUAAUAGUUUCUUAUCUGAAUUGGCAAAGAAUGGACAUAUCUUCUCAACAACGUCGAGAAAGAAGUUUAUGUCCCCUGAAAAACUUUCUUCUGCUGGUCAAGAUGACUAUUUAAAGCAAUUUAUGUGA